AUGACAUCAAACGUUGACAGUCCUGACCUGUUGAAGGGACAUGAUGGAAAGCUCGACGAGCGCGUGGACAGCACAGCUCCGUCGUCCCUUCAGGCGUCUGCUCCCAGUCAAAAUGACACCGAACACAACUUGGCCAUGAGCGACGCAAUAGCUUCUCCUGUGACUGCACCUAGGGACGAAGCUGACCCUGAGAAGGCCCUCGAUGAGCCUGGACGCCGUUCUUCCACCUCCUCUGCUGAAACCCAGCCAGAUGGCUCCUCCCUCAUGAAUCCUGCCAGUCGGGUAUUGACCGACCCCUACGGAAAUACAUACCCUGAAGGCGGCUUGAAGGCCUGGCUGGUUGUUUUCGGCAGCUUCAUGGGCCUCUUUGGCUCCCUCGGUCUGGUCAACACGGUCGGGACCUUCCAGGCUUACCUGUCGACCCAUCAGCUGCAGGAUUACAGUGACGGAAGCGUUGGCUGGAUUUUCGGGGUCUAUGCGUUCUUGACUUUCUUCUGUGGUGUUCAGGUCGGCCCCAUUUUCGAUGCCAAAGGGCCUCGGCUUCUGAUUCUACCUGGUUCUAUUCUCGUCGUGGUGUCCAUGGCUAUCGUGGGAUUCUGCUCCCAGUACUGGCACUUCAUGGUAGUUCUGGGAAUCGUAAACGGCAUUGGUACGUCGCUGAUAUUCACGCCUGCUGUCGCUGCGGUUGGCCACUUUUUCUACAAACGACGAGGUGUGGCUACAGGAAUGGCGGCAACGGGGGGUUCGAUUGGCGGUAUCGUGUUUCCACUCAUGCUGGACAGCCUCUUCCCCAAGAUUGGCUUUGCAUGGGCUACGCGUGCGGUGGCCCUAGUAUGCCUCGUUCUGGUAGGCACUUCAUGCAUCCUCGUCAGGUCUCGUCUCCCACCGAAACCUGCCUCGAAGGAGAACAUGCUGCCCGACUUUCGUAUCUUCAGAGAUCCGGUCUUUACUCUCACGACCGCCGGCAUAUUCUUCAUCGAAUGGGGCCUCUUUGUCCCACUCAGCUACAUCUCAUCAUACGCAUUGGCUCACGGAAUCUCGCCUUCAUUUUCCUACCAACUCCUCGCGAUUCUCAACGUCGGUUCUUUCUUCGGCAGGUGGAUUCCUGGAUAUUUCGCGGAUUUUGUUGGGCGUUUCAAUGGCAUCAUUCUAACAGUUUUGCUGUGCUUACUGUGCACAGCAUGUCUAUGGCUGCCUGCUGGCAGCAGCGUUGCACUGCUUGUCAUCUACGCGCUGUUGUUUGGGUUUUCCAGUGGCAGCAACAUUAGUCUGACGCCCGUGUGCGUGGGCCAGCUCUGCAAGACGGAAAAUUAUGGCCGGUAUUACGCCACAGCAUACACCAUUGUGAGUUUUGGCUUGCAACUAUUUCGCGGGGCUGCUGAGUUUCACCGCGGCGAAACUGCUGAAAGUGGGUUGGAAACGGCCUUGGGUAGUCUACUGACGACAAUUCAAUGUUUGCUUGAAAAAUCAACUACGAUGCUGUAUGAUGUAACUAUUCACCAUCAAAAUGUCGCCCUGGAAGGCUUCUUGCGACGUGCUGCAACGGUGUUGGACAUCACUCGCAGUAAUUUAUCUCGUACAACAUGA